AAAGCUCUAUUACAAGCAUGAUCGCAUGGGUCUAGGACAUAAAUUCUGUUCUCAUAUCAUGAUAGGCAAGACCUCGCAUUCCCGGAUGUGGAUACAGUGUCACAGACGGACAGGAAGCUUGCAUCGUCUACCCUAGCCAAUCACGCUGCCUCCUUGAUCUACCCAGCAAAAUUCUUGAACCGAGAACACGCCGUCACCCUCUACAGGGAUGUCAAAGUCGUUUCGCAGCUGAGGGGUGCCUGCAAUGCGUUUCAGAGGCAGGCCCGCGCUGCGCAGCCCACGCAAGAGGACCUUGUCAAUGCAAAUAAGUGGUUGCCAUGGGAUGAGGUGAUUCAUUGUGUGGACAUGCAGACAGAAAGAUUUGACAUGGCACGCUCACAGAGUGCCAAGGCUAGGGAGAGCAGGAAUCUACUGUCGAUCGCGCUUUUUGUAUUGAUACCUCCUUCCAGAGGACAAGAGAUCCGGACACUGCGAAUUGCCCCGUCCGGUGACAGAGAACACGUCCAGGGACUGAAUUCAUUAGUCUUGAAUUCAGAUGGCACCCUCAUGUUCAGAUUCGAGGAUUACAAAACAUAUGGCUCUCAUGGGGUUGAUGUCACAAAUUUGCCAGAAGAUCACAGAUUGAACGUCAUCAUAAGGGAAUAUCUGGACAAAUACAGAGAUAUUCUUCUCGACGCCGCUGACGAUGGCACAACCAACAAUUUUCUUCUCCUGGUAAGUUAUGACUUCAGUUUCCAAUUAUAUUUUUUCAAAGGGCUCACUGAUCUUCUUGGAACUAGUGAUUGUUGGAUAGAACCCUAACCCUAACCCUAACCCUAACCCUAACCCUAACC